UUCGGUCUGCUGGUGGACGAAACAACUGCCACGAGCAUGGCCGCUUCUGUUUAUGCUUUCACGCAGUAUUAUUCACUCUAACGCUUCGCGUAGUAUAGUUAGUGGCUGGCGUUGUUGAGUAAAAGCAAACGCGUCUUGCGGAUAGAGCGCGUCGCAUCUUCUUUCGAUCUCUUGAUAUUUAUAUUAUUGAUUUUAUGUGGAUCGCAAUCGAGCAAAAAAGGGUUCCAAGCGAGUAGCUAGACCGAAGCAAGCCGUUAGCUUUCAAGACUCACCUUCAUCCCUACAGUCGGAGAAGUGCAUCAACAUACAAAGAAACGCCCUGCGUGAAAAAUGAUAGACCGGCUUUAUCUAAUGAAUGCGGCGUCUAAUCCAUCAAAAAGGAUACAGGCGCGUCCUGCUCGCGACCGGAAAGCCGAAAAUCCUGGCACAUCUUCAGCCUGAUUUCGUUUAUCACGUUGACUCCGCGACACUUCUCUGGAACACCAAGAGGCAGGAGCAGCCUGAACGAUGGGGCGGAAACUGGAGCGCGGGCAGAGUAGUCUUUCACUAAGUCGAUAGCGUAAAUUUAGUGGCUUUCUGGUUUCGAAGUCGUCUGUUAGUUGAGAAAACGAAACGUCAAGCUGUGUUUAUAUUGGUGACCCGGCUCGUCUUUGUUAUGCAUUAGCAGUCGGGUUGUCCUCUAGCUUUCUUUUAUCCACGCGCUAAUUUGAAGCGGGGCACUACAUGGCAGGUCUUGGCGGUAACCUAAGAGGAGCGG